AUGCGGCCCAUAAUCGCCGUCCCCAUCACCCUUCUCCUCAUCAUCCGCUCUUACACUCGCCGGUCGCUCACCAUCCCCGGCAUCCUCACCGCAGCCCUCACGGCAACGAUCCACGCCUCGCAUCCAUCGGCCCUCCCAUUCACUCUGCUCUGCGUCUUCUUCCUCCUCGGCACCACCGCCACCAAAGUAAAGCAUGAGGUGAAAGCCAAGCUCACCUUAUCGAGUAGCGGCAGUUCUGGGGGAGAGGGACCACGGACAAGCAUCCAGGUAUUGGCGAAUAGUGGGUGUGCGAGCAUCCUGUGCGCCGUGCAUCUCUGGCUUUACGGGGGCGGCGACGUGCCCGCGUGGGUCAGCGGCGGCAGCAAGAAAGCUAAUAUACCAGAUGUUUUGUUAUUUGGGAUUAUGGCCAAUUAUGCGGCGGUCACGGCGGACACUCUGUCGAGUGAAUUGGGGAUCUUGUCAAAAUCUCAGCCGGUUUUGAUCACGCAUCCGUGGCGGGUUGUUCCAAAGGGGACAAACGGCGGCGUCACGCUGGCAGGAUUGCUUGCAGGCGUGGGUGGUGGUUCUGCCGUUGCGGCGACGAGCAUCUUGUUCCUCACUUCUGCGGGGUCAAACCUGAAUAUCGUCGGGACGUUUCUGGUGCUUACGGCCCUAGGUGCGAUCGGGACUCUCCUCGACUCGCUCUUUGGUGCUGUACUGCAAGCAUCAGUUGUUGACCGCCGUACGGGCAAGAUUAUUGAAGGCGCAGGCGGAGUGCGGGUCCUCGUCAAGUCAAAGUCGAAGCCUCAUACGCAGUCGCAGGAGCAUGCCAGAAAAGACAGUGGUGAAGAGAGCCGGCUUGUCAAUACUGGCGCCGACAUUCUGGACAACAACCAGAUCAACCUACUCAUGGCGUCCAUCGUGAGUAUUACGGGCAUGGCUGUGGGAAAUCUGUUAUAG